GUCUCUUCUGAGAGCGUCGCCGUCUGCAGAAGAGAGUUCCGGCGGAGGCAGAAGUGGUUUCCUUUCGUCUGUGCGGAGAGUCGCCAUGGAGGCGGUGGAUUCGGAUGUAGAAUCGCUGCCGCGUGGGGGUUUCCGCUGCUGCCUCUGCCAAGUUACUACAGCCAACCGACCCAGCCUAGAUGCCCAUUUGGGAGGCCGGAAGCACCGGCAUCUGAUAGAACUUCGAGCUGCCAGAAAGGCCCAGGGACUUCGGAGUGUGUUUGUCAGUGGUUUUCCCAAGGAUGUGGAUUCUGCAGAACUGUCUGAAUACUUCCAAGCAUUUGGACCUGUGGCCAGUGUGGUCAUGGACAAGGACAAGGGAGUAUUUGCCAUUGUGGAGAUGGGCGACGUGGGCUCCCGGGACGCCGCCCUGGCCCAGGAACAGCACAGCCUUCGAGGUCAGCGCCUCCGUGUGCGGCCUCGGGAGCAGAAAGCAUUCCAGAGCCCGGCCUCCAGGGGCCUCCGCGGUGCAGCCCCCGAUGACAGUGACCAGCUGCUCAGUGCCUUGGCUGAGGCCCCGGAUGUGGGCGGGCAGAUGCUGAGGCUGGUGGCUCUGCGGGAGCUGUCCGAGGCUGAGCGGCAGCUGCGGCGCCUGGUGGUGGCCCUGAUGCAGGAGGUCUUCACGGAGUUCUUCCCUGGCUGCACGGUCCACCCUUUUGGCUCUUCCACAAACAGCUUUGAUGUCCACGGCUGCGACCUCGACCUCUUCCUGGAUCUGGGGGAGCUGGAGGAGCCCCAGCCAGUCCCGAAGGCCCCAGAGUCUCCGUCCUUGGACUCCGCCCUCGCCUCCCCUCUGAAUCCUCAAGCGUGCACCCCAGCCUCCCCUGUGGACUCGCAGAGUCCUGUCUCUCCCCAUGACUCUGAAGUGCUGGACUUGGAGACCCUGUCCUCCUCCCUAGCACCCCAGACGCCAGACUCUGCGCUGGCCUCUGAGACACUUGCCUCUCCACAGUCCCUGCCUCCAGCCUCGCCCCUGCAGGAGGACAGGGGCGAGGGGGACCCUGGGAAGGGCUUGGGCACCACAGAAGCCCUGGAGGGUGAGAGGCCGGCAGGAGCGGCCAUGCUGGAGCUGGUGGGCUCCAUCUUGCGGCGCUGCGUCCCUGGUGUGUACCGUGUCCACAGUGUGCCCUCAGCCCGACGCCCCGUGGUGAAGUUCUGCCAUCGGCCCUCAGGGCUUCAUGGUGACGUCUCCCUCGGUAACCGGCUGGCCCUGCACAACUCCCGAUUCCUGAGCUUGUGCUCUGAGCUGGACGGGCGGGUCCGGCCGCUCGUGUACACUGUCCGCUGCUGGGCGCAGGGCCGAGGGCUGGCAGGGAGUGGCCCCCUCCUCAGCAACUACGCUCUGACCCUGCUCGUGGUCUACUUCCUGCAGACCCGGGAUCCCCCUGUGUUGCCCACAGUAGCCCAGCUCACCCAGAAAGCAGGUGAGGGGGAGCGGGUGGAAGUGGACGGCUGGGACUGCAGUUUCCCCAGGGACGUCUCUAGCCUGGAGUCCAGCACCAACGUGGAGCCCCUGGGCUCCCUCCUGGCCCAGUUCUUCUCCUGUGUUUCCUGCUGGGAUCUUCGUGGCUCUCUGCUGUCACUUCGGGAGGGUCGGGCGCUGUCAGUGGCUGGGGGCCAGCUAGCUGAUCUCUGGGAGGGUCUGCGCCUGGGCCCCGUGAAUCUCCAAGACCCCUUUGACCUGAGUCACAACGUGGCCGCCAACGUGACCAGCUGUGUAGCAGGGCGGCUGCAGAACUGCUGCCGGGCUGCAGCCAGUUAUUGUCGCAGCCUGCAGUUUCAGCGCCGAUCCGCCCGAGGCCGCUGCUGGGGGCUGCUGCCGCUCCUGCAGCCGCGCUCCGCCGCCUCACUGCUCGCAGCCACUCCCAUUCCCCUGCCCACAGCGCCCUUCCCCCAGCUUGCUGCCGCUGUGGUCCGGGUGCUGCAGGAUGCACUGGGGUGCCAGAUAGAACAGGGGACAAAGAGGCCAAGGCCUGGAGCAGGGAUGGAGGAGGCCGCCCAGGGAGGAGCUGGCAAAAGACUGAAGCUAGAUGGGCACGGAGAGGGCGGCAAGGACGGGGAUGAGCUGUGGGGGUACGUGGGGGAUCUCUGUCGAGAAGCAGAGGAGGAGAUGGUUGUGGAGGCUGGCGAGUCGACGCAAGACUGGGGCAUGUGGAGCCCUGGGCAAGCAGGGGACCCGCCGGUGGUGGCUAGCCGGUGCCCAGGCUCUGGAGGGGAAGGACAAGGCCGCCCAGCACUGGCCCGGCUGUGCGAGGGUCGCGCGAGCUGGCGCUGUGCCCUGUGGCACCGCACGUGGCAAGGGCGGCGGCGAGCCCGGCGGCGCCUGCAGCGGCAGCAGGGCCAGGGCGGUGACACAGGGGCUGAAUGGCUGGCGACCGAGGCCCGGGUGACCCAGGAGCUGGCGCGACCUGGCAGCGGGGAGCAGGGAGCCAGGGCUGAGCCCCUCGUGGCCUUCCUUGCGAGCGUGUCCGAGGCAGAGGGUAUGCUCACGGUCACCCCGCUGCAAGACGCGCAGGGCCUGUUCCCUGAGCUGCACCACUUCCUGCAGGGCUUCGUGCCCCAGGCAUUGCGCCAGACAAUAAAGCAAUGAGCUGCUGGACCA